GAAGAAAGAGAAAAGAAAGAAAGGAGAGCUGUAGCCGAGGGACGACUGAAUUCCACGGGAAGCUAACUCCCGAAGAAACAAACCCAUCUUCUCUCUAACACUGUUUUCUUUUCUCCACUAUUAUUUUUUCUUUAAUUAAUCCAAAUCCUUUUUUUCUCCCUCACCGAGAAAAAAUUCCAAUUUUCCCCAUAAACACAAUUUCCCCGCCAUUUGCUUCCCCCAUUUCAUAUCCCUCUCCUCUCUCUCUAGGGCUCCGUCUCUCUCUCUCUCUCUCUCUCUCUCUCAAUUCUGAGCUCCGGCUUCCGAAUUCCUCCUGGAUUUCCGUUCCCGUACUCUACGGAUCGCGCUCUCUCCGCCUCACUGAUCGAUGAGUUUGCCGACUUCUUCUGCCUCUGCCGGCGGCUCCGGCUCCGGCUCCGGCUCCGGCCACCGCGGCAUCGGCCUCUCCAAUACUAUUCACUCAGAGGUUGCUCCCUGCCUCCCCUUGCCUUCGCUUCCGGUCUUCUUUGGCGCCUCCGAGCAAGAGCUCAGGCUAUUCGAUGAGCCGCCCGGGAGCUAUGCUACUUCCACCAAUGAUGUUCUCGCUCAGUCCAAAAAGAUCGCUGAUCUGCUUCGGGCGACUGACGUCUCUUACUUAAAUCUAAGAGAAGAUGCUGAGGCUCUUUCAGAAGGGUCUGUGGAGCCUUUUGAACUCUAUAAGGAAGUUCUUCGCUAUGAUGCUGAUGCCUUCAAUUAUACUGCUCCAGGUCCUAUUAUGGAGCAUGUCUCUAGCAGUACAGUAUCUGAUAGGAAAGUAUUUGAGCAAAAACUACCUAUUAGAAGUAAAGAUGAAGGAGACUGCAGAAUAAAUCAAAAUCAAAAGCAUAAGCUUGAAUCUAUUCAAACUAAUGAUGCACCAAUAUCAUCUUCUAGAAAAGUCAAAGUAAAGAAGAAAGGCAGAGAUGAAACGUCUUCUGUUAGAACAGAUUCUUCUGAGCUUCAAGACACCACCCUUGCAAACUUUUGCGAGUUUUUAGAGGAGUUUUGUGGGAGAGCUGAAAUUGUCAGUGAUGACCGUGAUGAAUCAGAGUGGCUGGCACUGCCUCUUACUGAUCUAAGAGUGCUUGUCAAUGAAAUAAUGUCCAUUCGUUCAAAGAAACUUCUUCAUUUGGUUUCUCUAGAUAACCUGACGAGGCUGUUGAGGGUUUUAGAUCAUCAGAUACAUAGAGCAGAAGGAUUGUCUGUAGAAGAAUGUGAGCAUUUAGAUUCGGAUGCCAUUGCAACCGUCUUUUGUGCUUUGGAGUCCAUACAUGCAUCUCUUGCAGUAAUGGCUUAUAACCAAAUGCCAAAGUUGCUUUAUAAAGAAGAGAUCAUAGAGAGAAUUCUGGAGUUCUCCCGACAUCAUAUAAUGGAUAUUAUGUGUGCUUAUGAUCCUUCAUACCGGGCUUUACAUAAAGCCAGUGAAAAUGGUGUGUUUGAAGUCAAUGAAGAUGAAGAAUUUGAUGGUGAUUAUGGUUCGUCGAGUAAGAAGCGUCGUGGUGUUAAGACUUCUAAAAUCAAGAAAUCUGCAUUCAACAAGGUAUCUUCUGCUGUUAAUACUAUUCUUCAGAAGAUGUGUACCAUUCUUGGUUUACUUAAGGAUUUGUUGCUGAUAGAGAGAUUACCAGAUAGCUGUAUUCUUCAAUUAGUGAAAACAAGCUUUUCUACUUUUUUGGUGGAUAAUAUCCAGCUCUUGCAACUCAAGGCCAUUGGUUUAAUUUGUGGGAUAUUUUAUUCAUAUACACAACAUCGUAACUAUUUGAUAGAUGAAUUAGUUCAGAUGCUCUUCAAAUUACCAUCCACGAAGCGAGCUUUAAGAGCUUAUCACCUACCUGAAGAAGAACAACGUCAAAUUCAAAUGAUUACUGCCCUAUUGAUUCAAUUGGUACAUUAUAGUGCAAACCUCCCCGAAGCUUUGAGGCAAGCAUCAGAUAGUAAUUCCAUCUUUGAAGUUUCAGUUGAUAGUAGUUGCCCUACCAAAUGCCAUGAAGCAGCUACGGAUGCAUGCUGUCUUUUCUGGACUCGUGUACUUCAGCGCUUUGCGAAUGUGAAAACUCAGGAUGCAUCUGAAGUGAAAGUAAUGAUGGAAAAUAUGGUUUUGGAUCUGCUCACAACGUUGAAUUUACCUGAAUAUCCUGCAUCAGCUCCUAUUCUGGAGGUUCUUUGUGUGCUAUUACUUCAGAAUGCUGGACUGAAAUCUAAAGAUAUCUCUGCUCGUUCUAUGGCCAUUGACUUUCUUGGCAUGAUUGCUGCAAGGUUGAAGCGGGAUGCUGUCAUUUGUGCCACUGACAAGUUCUGGAUUUUGCAAGAGUUAGACAAUAAGGAGGAUGAUGCUGAUCAGAGUUACCCUAAGGAUGCCUGCUCUAUAUGCUUGGAUGGCAGGGUUGAAAAGUAUUUUUUUGUCUGUCAAGGUUGUCAGAGGUUGUUUCAUGCUGAUUGCAUGGGAGGUAGGGAAAAUGAAGUUCCUAAUCGGGGCUGGUACUGUCAAAUCUGCCUCUCCAGAAAACAACUUCUUGUAUUACAAUCAUAUUGCAAAUCCCGAUGUAAGAAUGAUGGUGAGAAGAGUAAAGAUCGGUAUGAAAAAGGUUCCAAAGCUUCUUGGCUUGUUACAAACAUUGAAAUUGUUCAGCAGUUGCUUCUGAAUUACCUCCAGGAAGCUGGUUUUGCAGAUGAUGUUCAUCUAUUUGUUCGCUGGUUCUAUCUCUGCCUGUGGUACAAAGAUGAUCCAAAAUCUGAGCAGAAGUUUAUUUACUAUCUAUCUAGACUGAAGUCUAUGGCAAUAGUGAGGGACGGUGGCAAUACUUCCUCAUUAUUGACUAGGGAUUCAGUUAAGAAAAUUACUCUCGCACUAGGACAGAAUAAUUCUUUCUCUAGAGGUUUUGAUAAGAUCCUUCACUUGCUUCUGGCAAGUUUAAGGGAAAAUUCUCCAGUAAUUAGGGCCAAGGCUUUACGAGCGGUCAGUAUUAUAGUCGAAGCUGAUCCAGAGGUCUUGGGUGACAAUCGUGUGCAACUGGCUGUUGAAGGAAGAUUUUGUGACUCUGCAAUAUCUGUCAGAGAAGCAGCUUUGGAACUUGUUGGCAGACAUAUUGCCUCACAUCCUGAUCUGGGUUUCAAGUACUUUGAAAAGAUUGCUGAGAGAACCAAAGAUACUGGAGUUAGUGUUAGGAAACGGGCCAUCAAAAUCAUUCGCGAUAUGUGCACAUCAAAUGCAAAUUUUUCAGAAUUUACAAGGGCAUGCAUAGAGAUUAUUUCUCGUGUUGGUGAUGAUGAAUCAAGUAUUCAGGAUCUUGUUUGCAAGACAUUUUAUGAGUUCUGGUUUGAGGAGCCUUCUGGUUCACAAACUCAGUUCUUUGGAGAUGAUAGCUCUGUUCCAUUAGAGAUAGCCAAGAAAACUGAGCAAAUUGUUGAAAUAUUGAGGAGAAUGCCAAAUCAUCAACUUCUUGUGACUGUUAUUAAGCGAAACUUAGCCCUUGAUUUUUUCCCACAAUCAACUAAGGCUGUUGGUAUCAACCCUAUUUCCCUCACAUCAGUUCGCAAGCGAUGUGAGUUGAUGUGUAAGUGCUUACUGGAAAGGGUAUUGCAGGUAGAGGAGACAAGUAAUAUGGACACAGAAGUGCGUGCACUUCCAUAUGUAUUGGUCUUGCAUGCAUUUUGUGUUGUGGAUCCAAUGCUCUGUGCGCCAGCCUCGAACCCAUCCCAGUUUGUGGUUACUCUUCAACCUUACCUCAAGAGCCAGGUUGAUAACCGAGUGGUUGCUCAAUUACUUGAGAGUAUCAUAUUCAUAAUUGAUGCGGUUUUACCCUUGCUACGAAAAUUAUCUCCAAGUGUUGCUGAAGACCUAGAGCAAGACUUGAAACACAUGAUUGUUCGGCACUCCUUCUUGACAGUUGUACAUGCUUGCAUCAAGUGCCUUUGCUCUGUGAGUAAGGUAGCAGGUAAAGGUGCAUCAGUUGUAGAGCAUCUUAUUCAGGUGUUUUUUAAACGCUUGGAUUCUCAGAGGGUUGAGAACAAAGAGCUGGUAGGACGUUCACUUUUCUGUCUCGGAUUACUUAUUCGCUAUGGUAGUACUUUGUUGAGCAAUUCCAGCAACAGAAACAUUGAUGUCACAAAAAGCCUCAGCUUGUUGAAGAAGCACCUGCAGACAGAGGAUUUGGUUAUUAGGGUUAGAGCGCUGCAGGCUUUGGGAUUUCUUCUAAUUGCCAGGCCUGAAUAUAUGCUGGAAGAAGAUGUUGGGAAAAUUGUAGAGGGAUCUUUGUCAUCUGGUUCUGAUGUUCGUCUUAAGAUGCAAGCAUUGCAAAAUAUGUAUGAUUACCUUCUUGAUGCGGAAAGUCAAAUGGGAACAGACCAACCUGGUGAUGGGGCCGCCCAUGAUACAGUGGAGGGUUCCCAAAGUGUACCAGUUGCUGCUGGUGCUGGAGAUACCAACAUAUGUGGCGGCAUUGUUCAGUUGUAUUGGGAUAUGAUACUGGGGAGAAGCUUGGAUUUAAAUGGCCAAGUUCGUCAAACUGCCCUCAAGAUCGUGGAAGUGGUGCUUCGCCAAGGUCUUGUCCAUCCUAUUACUUGUGUUCCAUAUCUUAUUGCACUAGAAACAGACCCCCAUGAAACGAACGCAAAGCUGGCUCACCAUUUAUUGAUGAAUAUGAAUGAGAAGUACCCGACAUUUUUUGAAAGCCGCCUGGGGGAUGGUCUUCAAAUGUCAUUUAUGUUCAUCCAAACCAUUAGUCGUGGUUCUGACAAUGGAAAUCAGAAAAUUCAAUCCAAGGCCUCUAGCAAUUUGAAAGGGAGAUCUGAUGGUAGCUCAUUGACUCAAGCAAGACUUGGAGUGUCUCGAAUUUACAAGCUCAUACGGGGAAAUCGAGUUUCAAGGAACAACUUUAUAUCCUCAAUAGUGCGGAAGUUUGACAGCCCACGCAUGAAUGACUCGAUGAUACCUUUCCUAAUGUACUGUACUGAAAUACUUGCCUUGUUACCAUUUACAUUCCCCGACGAGCCCUUAUAUUUGAUUCAUGCUAUUAAUCGAAUAAUACAAGUCAGAGGUGGAGCGCUUCAAGAAGAGAUCAAAGCAUUGGGUCUGCAUUUGUUACAACGGAAUACCCAUACCCAGAAUAUUCCUUAUGAAAAUGGAAUGGUUCUCCCUCAGCAAGCUGCUCUGUUUUCCGAUAAGGUAAUUUUGUUGGAUAUGAAUGGGACAGCGGAGCUCGAUCAGUCUCGCCCUUUUUGUGACUUCCCAUCGAUGGAUUUGAAUCAGCAAGUCCUACCGGAGUCAGUUGCUCAUCAUGAAUUCAGUAACAAUUCAACAUUGGAGGGAAAAUUCCCCAACGUUUGCUCAGUGGAUUUGUAUAGUAUCUCAAAAGACGAUCUUCAGAAAAUUCAGACAAUGAGCCUGGCUGCCAUUGCACUGCAACUUCUUUUGAAGCUAAAGAGACAUCUAAAAAUUGUGUAUAGCUUAAACGAUGAUAGGUGCCAGUCCUUCAAUCCAAAUGAACCCCCCAAACCUGGAGAGUUUCUGUCCAAGCAGAAUGUUCCUUUUGACGUCAGCGAAACAUGCACCACUUUGCCAACAACUUAUCAGGAGUUUAUGCAAAGAUAUCAGGAUUUCAAGAGCACUCUACGGGACGACACAUUCGAUUACUCCACUUACACAGCAAAUAUCAAAAGGAAGCGUCCUACCCCAAGAAAAGGACGGAAAUCCACAACGGGUGGCGAUGACGAUGACAACGACGAUGACGAGGAUUGGGGUGGGGGGCGGAGGUUGAAUAACAGUGGCAGAAAAGGUAGCUAUAACCGAGCAAGUAGGCAACGAUGAUGAUAGCUGUAAGUAUUGUUGUAAGUCAUAGUUUUAGGCUAACUUGUACAUUAUUAAUCAAUCAAGUGAAAUAGAAUAGAGAGAAUAGGGGGAUAGAAUGAGAGCGGGGGAAAUCGAAAUGGUUUAGAUAAUCAAAAUCUGGAAACAGCGAAUUGAAAAGUUGUGGAAGAGUUUUGGAGGCUCUCCCAGUAGCAAUUUUUCUCUAGUUGUUUCCGUCAUGUCAUGUAAUUUGGUUUUUGUUUUUGGUAAUAUAUAAUAUUGGUUGCAUUCAUUUGUUAAUGAA